AUGACAAUGGAGUCGCUCAAGGACAGCAACCUGGUAGCAGAGCGCGAUCUCAAAGCUCAGCAGUCAAGUUCUAAGACUCUGCAAGGCAAAGUUGCAAUCGUCAGCGGCUCGAGUUCUGGUAUCGGCAAAGCCAUAGCUACGGAACUGUCAUAUCGAGGCGCCUCGGUGGUGCUGAAUUAUCCCUUUUCACGACUCAAGGACGAAGGCGAAACCGUAGCAUCCAAUCUACCAGGUCAAGCCAUAGCCGUCUGCGCAGACAUGGGUAGCACAACUGGACCAGCCGCUCUUGUGGAAGCAGCCAUUGCAACAUACGGUCGCAUCGAUAUUGUCGUCAAUAAUGCAGCUCUGGCAGUCAACAAGCCGUUCGAAGAGCAAACUCUAGAAGACUGGGAUCUGCUGGUCAACAUAAACGCUCGAGGCACUUUUCUCCUAACGCAAGCUGUGCUGCCACAUUUGACUUCGCCCGGCGGUCGCAUUGUGAACAUCUGCAGUGCCUCAUCACGUGCAGCACCGCCAAUGCAGACCAUUUACGCCGGCACCAAAGGAAUGGUCGACAGCUUUACACGAGUCUGGGCUAAAGAGCUGCCUCCAAAGUAUGGUUGUACUGUCAAUUCAGUCAGCCCUGGACCCACGAGGACAGAAGGAUUCGCGGCAGCGGGAGAAGAUGUGAUGAAGAUCUUGCAACCGACUAUUGACGCCAUACCCGUUGCUGCCAGGAUGGCAGAAUCUUCGGAGAUUGCUUAUGCUGUUGCGUUCUUGUGUGAGGAGAGAGCGAGAUGGAUAAAUGGUUUGCAUAUGCAUGCGAAUGGAGGUCUCUUUGUUGAUUAA